UUUGAUGCCUUUCCCUGGCCAUGUCAGGCCAAAACUAAAAAGGUCCAUGCUGCCAAAGCGAAUAAAUCAAAUCUACUUUUGAGAGACCAGACAUAUAACCCCUACAAAUAAAACCCGCAUGAAACACUUUUCCAAUAUAGAAAACCCACUUUGAAGUUUGAAGUUCACAGAACAGAGAGAGUGAGAGAGAAUGGAAAGUCCACUGUUGGUGGGGGAAGAGAGGGUCGUGAGAAAAUCAGUGGAAGAGUCAAAGAGACUAUGGAAGAUAGCAGGGCCAAUUAUAUUCACAAGCAUAUGCCAAUUCUCUCUAGGAGCAGUCACCCAAACAUUCUUGGGCCAUGUUGGCACAACCGAGCUCGCCGUCUUCUCUAUUGAAAACUCCGUUAUAGCCGGCUUCUCAUUUGGUGUCAUGUUGGGUAUGGGAAGUGCUCUAGAGACAUUGUCAGGGCAAGCGUUUGGAGCAGGGAGACCACGAAUGCUUGGAGUAUACAUGCAACGAUCAUGGAUUAUACUUCUAGGGACUAGCAUACUCCUCACUUUCAUCUAUAUCUUCUCUCCUCCAAUACUUAGACUUUUCGGACAAUCUAAUGAGAUAUCAGAAUUAACAGGCAAAUUCGCUUUAUGGAUGCUUCCUCAGUUGUAUGCUUAUGCAGUCUAUUUCCCAAUACAAAAGUUUCUUCAAUCUCAAAGGAAGGUCAUGGUCAUGGCUGUUAUGGCAGGGAGUGUGCUUGUGUUUCAUGUGUUUCUUAGCUGGUUGCUUAUAUUAAAGCUGAAAUGGAGUUUAGCUGGAGGAGCAAUCAGUCUAAAUCUAGCAUGGUGGAUUCAUGUUUUAGGCCAAUUCAGCUACAUAGUUGCAGGCUAUUGCCCUGGUUCUUGGACUGGAUUUUCAUGGCUAGCCUUUCGAGAUCUUUUUGGGUUUUUCAAAUUGUCCUUAGCUUCUGGUGUUAUGUUAUGUUUGGAAUUCUGGUACAUGAUGAUACUCGUUGUCUUGGUUGGCCACCUUUCGAACCCUGAGAUAGAAGUCGAUGCCAUGUCUGUCUGCAUGAACAUUGUUGGAUGGCAUAUGAUGAUUUCACUUGGAUUCAAUGCAGCCAUAGGAGUGAGAGUAUCGAAUGAGCUCGGGGCCGGAAAUUACAGAAAGGCUAAACUUGCGGUUUAUGUGGUCUCUGUGACCUCAAUUGCAGUAGGCAUUGUAUGUAUGGCUGUGAUCUUAAUAACCAGAAAUGAAUUCCCUUCACUUUUCACUAAUAGCUCAGCAGUAAAGAAGGAAGCCACAAAGAUUUCAGGCUUAUUGGCAUCCACACUGAUCUUAAACAGCUUGCAACCAGUUCUAGCAGGGGUUGCCAUUGGAGCUGGUUGGCAAGCUUUGAUUGCUUAUAUCAAUGUGGGGUGCUAUUAUAUUGUUGGGCUGCCUCUUGGCUGCAUCUUGGGCUAUAAAUUGAAUCUUGGGUUGCUGGGUCUCUGGGGAGGGCUGAUUGGUGGGACAAUCUUGCAGACCAUAAUCUUGGCAAUAUUGACAGCAUGCACUGACUGGAAGAAAGAGGCUUCUGUUGCGGAAAACCGAAUUAAGAAAUGGGGUGGUUCUGUAGGAAAUGAAGAUGAUGAACAUUCGCAGGGAACGCCUUCGUGAUUUUUUAUUUUUUUAUUUUUUGGUGAAUUCUUCUUAGUGUUCUUCCUGAUUAAUAAUAAAAAAAAAAAAUUUA